GAGUACAGUACCUUUUGUUCGCUGGAAAUGUCCACUCUUUCAAUAUACAGAGGAUCAGAAUUCCUAGCCUCAGGCAUCAGCCAUGAUCUCAUGAGGUUUGUCAAAAAGGUCUCGGAAGCCAAGAGCAAGGCAGAGGAAAGAGAUCAUAUACAUAGUGAACUAGAAUACAUAAAGUCCAGAAUAGGUUUGCCAGACGUUUCUUCGUCGAAAGUGAAGGAGUAUUUGAUUCGGCUUAUUCACUGUCAUAUGAUGGGAUACAAUGUGGAUUUCGGUUUGAUCUAUGCUAUCAUGAUCACACAGAGCGGAGAGUCCAUAGCUGAUCGACGCGUUGGAUAUCUUGCCUCAACGCUGUUCAUUGAAAACGACAACGAAUUGGCCAUCAUGCUGACCAACACUCUGCAAAGGGACCUACAAAGUGCAAAGUUUCAGGACAGGUGUGCAGCUUUAGUGGCCAUUAGCAACAUUCGACAGCAGGAAAUCGUCAAAGCAGUAGUGGAUUUGGUGAUAAUCAAUACGGAUUAUCAAAAAGAAACCGUACGAAAAAAGGCAUACAUUGCACUGUAUUGGCAGCUGGAAAUAGACCCACAGUUACAAGAUCAGCUUUUACCCAUCUUAGAAAAGGGCCUGGUCGAUAAGGAUCCAAGUGUUUUAGGUGCAGUUAUUGGAAUAUGGAGGAAUCUGAUAAAGAAAACACCAGCGCUAUAUGAAGAGGCUUUACCCGCUAUCAUCAACCACUUAAGGUAUAUCCUUGGUGGAAAGCUACACAAGUCUUUUGACUAUCAUGGAACGUCGUCACCAUGGGUCCAGAUGCACUGUAUCGAGAUCUUGGAAAUCGUGCAAAGUGCUGGACUGGGGUCUACCAGUGAAAUUGCGCAGAUCGUCAUGGACACUCUGCGUGCCGCUGAGAAAGGAGUCGAUGCUUCAUUUGCGAUUAUAUACCAGUGCGUUCGAGUUUUGAGCAAAAUCCCAUCGCACUAUGUUUCCGAAUUCAUAGAGGAGGGGAAAGAGCCUUUUCGGGCGGUACAGCGGUUUGUGGCAGCUCAGAAUCAUAUAUUGAAAUAUUUGGGACUACGGUGCCUGUCAUUAAUGGACGACGAAUUUUGGAAUGAAGAGUGGCGCGAUGGCAAAGUCAUCUCGGAGGCUAUUGCCAUAUCGAAUGGAGAUGAGACCUUGGUCGAUGAGGCAAUGCACCUAAUAGAGCGCAUUGCGACGAGCGAGGUUAUCUUUAACAUUCAGGAAAAUUGUCUGAUCGCCAUGUCAAGCUCGGCACUGCAAGGCACGCCGUUUCACGCCAAACUCUGUGGGUGGUAUGCAAAGCAAAUUGAGGAUCAUUGUACCGACACCGACUGGUACUUGGAACUUAUGUUGCAAGUUAUCAUUGAGUCUGGGAGAUCUCUACCAGAAAAAUAUGUUGACGACUACUGCGCUCGGUUUGGAUCAGGUAACGUAUUCUCCAAUCAAUUGUAGAUAAAUGUUUAACAUGCUUUGAACCAUUACAAGUUUUGCAAACAUCCCACUCAAUCUCGUUGGUUUAUCAGCGAUCUAUGAUGAUAUAAAUAAUACACAAUUCCGCACAAAGGCCGUCGACAUAUUUUACAAGCUGCUCAAAAGAAAGAAUUCACCAACCAUACCCAGACCGCUUCUGAAAA